UCACUUGGUUUGAUGACGAGCGAAGUCGGAGAUACACGAACGUUGAAGUCACUCCCUUCGCCGGAGGCAGUCCGAGUAUUUCCGGAAUUGUCCGAUGUUCUCCGAAUCGUCCGUCCUGCCGGACUGCUGGAGGCGGCCGCAGCGCCAUGUUGAGCGAAAUCUCCCUUCUUAGUGAAAAAGGACUUUUAAAAAACAACAUUUUCUGAAGAUCAAGAUUAAACAAGUGAAGUUGGAGAAGCCGGCGACAUUCCUCCGGGAAGCAGAACCGAACCGGAUCCACGGACACCCCAGCCGGGGAGGGGGAUACAACCCCCCCACCGUCCCCCAUGAAGAUAAAAUCCCAAUAAAACACAGCUAGCUAGCUAACGAGCUAACGUUACUCUUUCCAUUAAAAAGGCAUUUUUGAGUUAGCUAGCUGGCGAAGGCCUGGUGUGGGAGGAAUUAGUUGCUGUAUUUUUUAAAUAUAGCUAGAUAGCCAGCUAUGUAUAAUUUUUUUACAUCAGUGCAUUGAUAGCUAGAUAGCUAUUUAUUAUUGUACAUAUUUUCUAUUUUUUUUUUUUGGUUAAAUUUUUUGCAAUGAGUUUGCCGCCGAUAGCGGUACCGAAAUCAGCCGCUGCCGCAGGAACUGGACCCGGACCUGGGCCAUCUCCAUCGAGCCAACUGCGGGCUACUCUGACCUCCGUUGCGCUACCCGGAGCCCCGGUCACCCCGCAGGCGCCCGUCGUGCCACCGCCGCAAAUCCCCAGAAUCCCGGACGAUCGGAUCUUUUCCACACAGCCCGGAGUCGCGGCCGUCUACAGUGUUCCCAGGCCCAGUGGCCCGCCCUACACUACUCACGACAUCACUAAGGGACACCCAAACCUGGCGGGAACGCCCCCCGGCCACGGCUCCUCCCCUGGACUCUCUCAGGUAUCAGUAUCUACAGCUCAUCUAUAUCGCUACCUUAAGAGCUGCGAUUCAGACAGAGGGUCUCCGUACCCUUCUGGGCAGAAUGCUGCCACCCAGCUUGUGUACUCUCCGCCAACGCAGCCAAUGAAUGCCCAGCCGCAGAGUCGCCCGUUUGCGGCAGGUCCUCGGGCAUCACACCACCAGUUUUUCCAGAGGACCCAGAUGCAGACGGUGCGCCCCACCAUUCCCAGCAACAACCCCUCCAUCCGGCCGGGGUCCCAGACCCCCACAGCCGCCGUCUACCCCCCUCCCAACCAGCCCAUCAUGAUGGCCAUGACCCCCAUGCAAUUCCACUCCCCCCAGGCUGCCCAGUACUACAUCCCACAGUAUCGCCACAGCACCCCGCAGUACGUGGGACCCCCCCAGCAGUAUUCGGUGCAGCCCCCUGGCCCCAGCACCUUCUACCCCAGCCCCGGUCCUGGGGAGUUCCCUACACCCUACGCGGGACCCCCAUACUAUCCAGGGCAGGCUGUGUACACCCCCUCCCCCCCCAUCAUCGUGCCUACGCCACAGCAACCUCCGCCCACCAAGCGGGAGAAGAAGACAAUCCGUAUCCGGGACCCCAACCAGGGCGGCCGGGACAUCACCGAGGAGAUAAUGUCGGGCGGGGGGGGCAGCGGGAGCCGGAAUCCGACCCCCCCUGUGGGCAGGCCGUCCUCCACCCCGACCCCACCGCAGCAGCUGGGCGGCCAUGCCCCAGAACACGGCCCGGCCGGGUACGGAGUGGACAGCGCCCCCCACCUCUCCGCUCCUGCCCCCGCGCCCGCUCCCGCCGGCGACUCGAAAGCAGAUGAGAAGCCAAAGCUGGACCCUGCGCCCCCACUGAAGCCUCCCUCCCCAGGACCACAGCCACUCGACCCCCCAGCAGAGAAGAGCGAUCCCGCCCCCCCAGAGAAGCCACCGGAGCCGCCCUUCUUGGUGGCCGCAGUGCCCCCCAGCACGGUCCUGCCCCCCCAGCCCCUGCCGUCAGCCCUGGGAAGCCCACAGCCCCGCGGAACCUGCCCUCCCCCCCAAAGAGGAUCCGCCCCUGCAGAGCUGCCCCAGGGGCCCCCGCCCCCCCUGGUCACCAUGGCCCCCCCUGCCCCGCUCCUGAAGGCCAUCAACGGGCUAACAGACAAGGAGGCCGCUUCGCUAAGCAGCGAGCUGGAAGCCCCGCCCCCAGAGUCCAUCCGGCCAUCCUCGCCACCCCAGAGCCUGCCCCUGGCUCCGCCCCCUGGCCCCAGCGCCGUCGCCCUGGAGGCCGUCCCCGGAGAGGCGCGGGCGGAGAGCUCCCCGGUCCCGCCUGAGGUCAUCUCCGCUGUCCCUGCCCCGCCGGUCAUCUCCCCGCCCUCUGCUUCCCUCCUCACCGCCCCCACCUUCCCCGCCACCGCCGCCCCCGCUGCUGUUCUGGCUCCGCCCCCUGGCCUCACGCUGCCCCCGCCGGGCGUCGCGGCUGUGGGCGUGGUCCAGGUGCGGAGGCCCUCCCUCGGCUCAGAGUCUAAAGACGACCCGUCUAGAGUGGCGGGAGAAGCUGAGGUGGUCCUGGACAGCACCAGCGACCAGCAGCCCCUCCCCAACCCCAGAAAAAGCCCGGUUUUAGUUCAAGCUGUUUCAGCUGCUUCAGCUGCACCAAAGACCUGGAAGAAGCCAAAAGACGCAGCCCCGGCGGGGGAGGCCCUGGCCACGGAGGAACAGGAAUCGCCGGUGGAGGAGGAGUCUGGGGACGGGGCGCCCCCCCGCGAGCCGGAGCAGCGCGGCACCCCCACCCCCAGCCCCGAGGAGAGCCAGGACCCCCCUCUGCCGGAGGAGAACGGGGAGCAGGAGGCGGAGCCUCUGAGGAACGGGGCCGAGCACGCCUCCGAGACGGAGAGCAGUGACAGCGGCGUCACCCCCGGCGAUAAGGAGACCUCCGCGGUCCCGCCAGCUUAUGUCUUCCAAGAAGAGCCUGUAGAGUCUGAUGGGAAGAAACAGUAUAAUCGAGACUUCCUGCUGAGCUUCCAGUUCAUGCCGGCCUGUGUGCAGAAGCCCGAGGGCCUGCCCCCCAUCGCUGACGUGGUGCUAGACAAGAUUAACCAAAACAAGCUGCCCAAUCGGCCGGUGGACUCGCGGGUCAUUUCCCGAGGGCCGGACUUCACGCCCGCCUUCGCCGACUUCGGCCGACAGAGCUCAGGAGGAAGAGGAGCACCGCUGAUGAACGUGGGGCUGCGCAGGCCGCCUCCGCGUAAGAUCAUCAUGAACGUGUCGGUGAACGACGAGGUGCAGCUGAAGAAGGCGGAGCACGCCUGGAAGCCGGGGAUGAAGAGGGAGGGCGUGGCCGACGACCCCGAGACGCAGAGGACCCAGGAUCUGUUCCGGAAGGUGCGCAGCAUCCUGAACAAGCUGACGCCGCAGAUGUUCAACCAGCUGAUGAAGCAGGUGACGGACCUGACCAUCGACACCGAGGAGCGGCUGAAGGGCGUCAUCGACCUGGUCUUCGAGAAGGCCAUCGACGAGCCCAGCUUCUCCGUCGCCUACGGCAACAUGUGCCGCUGCCUCGCCACGCUGAAGGUCCCGAUGACGGACAAGCCGAACAGCACAGUGAACUUCCGGAAGCUUCUGCUGAACCGCUGCCAGAAGGAGUUUGAGAGGGACAAGGUGGACGACGACGUGUUCGAGAGGAAGCAGAAGGAGCUGGAGUCAGCUGCCUCUGCCAGCGAGCGGGAGCGUCUGCAGGAGGAGCUGGAGGAGGCGAAGGACAAGGCUCGCCGCCGCUCCAUCGGGAACAUAAAGUUCAUCGGGGAGCUGUUCAAGCUGCGGAUGCUGACGGAGGCCAUCAUGCACGACUGCGUGGUCAAGCUGCUCAAGAACCACGACGAGGAGUCCCUGGAGUGCCUGUGCCGCCUGCUCACCACCAUCGGCAAGGACCUGGACUUCGAGAAGGCCAAGCCUCGCAUGGAUCAGUACUUCCACCAGAUGGAGAAGAUCGUCAAGGAGAGGAAGACGUCGUCACGGAUACGCUUCAUGCUGCAGGACGUGAUCGACCUGAGGCUGCAUAACUGGGUGUCCCGCCGAGCGGACCAGGGCCCCAAAACCAUCGAGCAGAUCCACAAAGAGGCCAAGAUCGAGGAGCAGGAGGAGCAGAGGAAGGUGCACCAGCAGCUGCUGUCCAAGGACAACAAGAGGAGGCCAGUGGUUCAGAGAGAGGAGACCUGGAGCACCGUCCCCAUGACCAAGAACAGCAGGACCAUCGACCCCGCCAAGAUCCCCAAAAUCUCCAAGCCCACCAUAGACGACAAGAUCCAGCUGGGCCCCCGAGCCCAGAUCAACUGGGUCAAGGGCAGCAGUGGAGGGGCGGGGGCCAAGGCCAACGAAUCAGAUUUGACCCGGUCCAGCGGCAGCAACCUGAACCGCUACUCCGCGCUGCAGUCCUCCGCGCCCCCCCCGCAGCCCGCCGCCACGCCGCCCCCCCAGCCCGCCACCACGCCCCCCUCCCUGCCCCCGGACUUCGACUCCAGGAGGAGCGUGAGCAGUCGCAGCAGCUCGGGACGAGAGCGGAGCGAGAAGCCGUCGGGCGUGGCCCCCCCCCGGACCGCCCCCUUCCCCCGCCCCGGCGCCGGCCUGAAGGAGCCGCUGGAGAGCCCCGCCCCCGCCGACCCCCGCCGGGACGUCCCCGAAACCGCCGACCCGCCCAAGCACCCCAGCGCCGCCGAGGACAAGCCCGAACCGGACCGCAGCCAGGACAGGGAACCGGCAGUGAAAGGGGACGCUCCUGUGGGUCGGACUGCAGACAAGCCCCUCCUGUCCGAGGAGGAGAUGGAGAAGAAGUCCAAAGCCAUCAUCGACGAGUUCCUGCACAUCAACGACUACAAGGAGGCCGUGCAGUGUGUAGAGGAGCUGGAUCAGGCAGCUCAGCUGGGCGUGUUUGUGCGCGUGGGGGUGGAGUCUACGCUGGAGCGCAGCCAGAUCACCCGAGACCACAUGGGGCACCUCCUCUUCCUGCUGCUGCAGUCUGGAACCCUCUCCAAGUCCCAGUACUUCAAAGGGUUUUCGGACACCCUGGAGCUGGCUGACGACAUGGCCAUAGACAUCCCCCAUAUAUGGCUGUACCUGGCUGAGCUGGUCUCCCCCGUGCUGCGGGAGGGGGGAAUCUCUAUGAGAGAGUUAUUUAGUGAAUUUAGCAAACCUUUGCUUCCUGUGGGAAGAGCAGGGAUCUUAUUUUCGGAAGUACUGCACCUUCUAUGCAAACACAUGAGCCAUAGGAAAGUGGGCUCUCUGUGGAGGGAGUCUGGGCUCAGCUGGGAGGACUUCCUGCCCGAGGGGGAAGAUGUGCCCAGCUUCAUCUCAGCCCAUAAACUGGACUUCACCCUGUCGGACUGCUCCAGCCCAGAGGAGCCGCUCUCCAAGGGGGAGCUCUCCCCCGAGGAGCUGAACCGGCAGCUGGAGAAGCUGCUCCUGGAGGACAUGGCGGGAGACGAGCAGAUCUUCGACUGGGUGGAGGCGAAUUUGGACGAGUCCCAGAUGAGCUCACCUCCGUUCCUCCGAGCUUUAAUGACGUCUGUGUGUAAAGCAGCUGUGACAGGUGACAGCUCGUCCUGCAGAGUGGACACCACCAUCAUCCAGAGGAGACUACCUGUGCUGCUCAAGUACCUGAGCUCGGACACAGAGAGGCAGCUGCAGGCUCUCUAUGCACUUCAGGCAUUGAUAGUCAAACUUGAUCAACCUCCCAACCUGCUCCGGAUGUUCUUCGACUGCCUGUAUGAUGAGGACGUGAUCUCCGAGGACGCGUUCUACAAGUGGGAGAGCAGCAAGGACUCGUCAGAGCAGCAGGGAAAGGGCGUGGCCCUGAAGUCCGUCACCGCCUUCUUCACCUGGCUGAGGGAGGCGGAGGAGGAGUCAGAGGAUAACUGACAGGAGCAGGUCUAGUCUCGGCCAAUCAGUGCAGAGCAGCCAACCUUCGCUGAAAACAUCGUCUGCAAUCUUAAAAAAAAAACAAAAAAAACUAAACGAAAAACAAAA